CAGGGACAACAGCUUCGAGCUGUUUGCCGGUGGCUGAUCUUUUAAGGCCCAUACACAAGGGUGAUUAUGAAUCGUCGCACCCCAAUGAGCUGCCGGUGCUGACAAGCCUCCGCGGGUUCUCGCCAUCUAAGCCGCGGCACCUACGUUCUAAGCAACCCGUCGCUUCAGGUGAAAGCUAUGGUAGCUCCAGCAGAAAAGCGCGCCACGAUACUAGUAUCAAGACGCCGAGUCCACGGAAAAAAGUGACCGCGAG